AUGGUGAAAUUCAAAACUUCACUUUGGGGAAAGCUUAUGUUAGCUUCAAUUGUAAUUUAUUGUAUAUCUUUAACGUUAUUGGAAACUCUUGUAAUUAUGUUUCAUCUGGAUUUUGUCUCUAAAUUUAUACUUACACAAAAUGGUGAUGGAAUCUCCGAGUCCGAUUUGAUUUAUCACGCAAUAUUUAUCGCAUCGCUCGUGUUUCAAGUGAUCCUGUGUUUGGAUGCGUUAAUUCAAAAGAAUUCAAUUCAACUUAAAGCUCUAUUAGCAUUCAAUAUCCUUUCGCUCGUCUACGCGGCAUUGCAGAUUCAACAACAUAUAACACUCGAAGAAGAAGGAACAAGUGAAGCGACAUUUUCCCCUGAUGAUAUAACCAAAUUCCCAACGCCAGAAUUUACCAAACAGUAUUACAUCAAGAAAAUGAGACCGAUUGAAUACAUCAUAGCCGGUCUAGUAUUAGGAUAUUCGGUGAUCCUGGGAUUAUUCUCGUAUAAAUUAAUGAGCGAAUUUGGAUGGGAGAAUUAUAAGAUUUAUUCCGGGGAUUUACAAGUUCGCAACGCAUUGCUUUCACUCACAUUACUGCAAGCCUUAAUAAAAUUAGACGUCUUCUUGAUCUUAUCAUAUGCCUUGCAACUCAUACCAUCAGAAUCCAUUGGAUACUCUGAUUCCAUAUUUGAGACCGUAUCAAUCUUUAUCGGAGGGUUCAUUAUACUGUUUAUGGCUUGGAUGGUUAAAAUCCUGAUUCCAAGAACGGAUGGAAUUGAUCCUUAUAGGUUUACUAGAAAAUUAUUGUUUUUUACUUUAAGUACCACCUUUGUGUUCAUUAGUAUUACUAUUUAUUAUGCCACCAUCUGCUUUAAAAAUAUGAACCGUGGAGUUUAUGUUUACACCGCUUAUCAAAGUUCUGUUGGUCCUCAAGAUGAAGGUAAUAGAACAUCAAAAAGAUUUUCGAAAAUCUCCGAGGUUUCUGAAGCUCGUAAAUCAAUAAUCAUCCUAGACUAA